AUGACCGUGCUCCUGGCGGACAGCAAAACGUACUUUUUGGAUUCGUUCCGUACCAACGUAUUUACCACAUUGGAACGUCACCGACGGCUGUCUAUCACGAAGCCAGAUGCCAACGGUCGAAUAACUGUCUACUCGGUGCCUACAAGUGCGUAUAGUGCUUCCUGUGUGGACCACAGCAUCCUUUUGAUGUGGACUUCCGUGGCAGUGAAAUAGGCCAGUAAAUAUAACAAAAUGAGAAUUUAUAUCCCUCCAGCACUGCAGAAAAGUUUAGCUGAGGAACGAUUUUUGGUCACCGUGCAGUGGGAACCGGCCUACCAAGGACCGAGUCUUCGCUUUUGAUUCCCACCUUUCGGCGUGUCUGUAAACGACUGUUCGAUCCUAGAUCGUACACCCAGCCGGUUUCGCUUUAUGGAAACCUAGAUGAGAUAGGUCCCAGCAACAUCUAGCCCAAAAGGUGUAUUUACUCAUGGUUGCCCCCUAAAAGGGUCGACGUGGUAGAUGCCCUGGACCAUACACGAGGGCUAGGUGGGAGUCAGGGAGGUGUUAUUGGGAAUGCGCACUUCGAGGGUGUGGCGGCAGGUCCAGGUGUAGGCGUACACCGCGCCAUUUAGGGCCCCAGCGGCCCAGCAUAAAAUCCUAAUCAGUGUACGUUGUGGACCAGAGGGUGUGGUGGUGCACACCUAGGUGCGAGCUUUCGCCGUGCCGGCCACUUGCGCCCUUCCCCGCCUCCGGUUUUCUUGACUAUGUCUUGACAGCGAGACCAAGUGAUGAUGAUGAUGAUGAUGAUGAUGAUGAUGAGGAGGAGGAGGAGGAGGAGGAGGAGGAGGAGGAGGAGGAGAGAGUACGGUAGAUGCGGCGCAAGCCUACUAUCACUAUAAUAGAAAUCUCGAGUAAGUCACCAUCCCUGCUCUUGUCUUGCUGUAUAGCACACGGAUCAGAAUGUCACUGUGAUUCAUGUACUGUCUGAUUGAAAGACCGGUUCUGAUCAUGUUAGGGGUGGACUACGGGCCAGACUGACUGACAGUUAUGCCGAAUGAAUUUAGGUUGGAGUGACUAAGAUGGUUUACUCGUUGAGUCUUAAGCUGCCCAUUUUAAAUGACUUCCCACUGUUGGCGCGUUAAAUUCUCGGAUAUCUCCCAUCUAUUGGCGUGAAUGAAGGGUGACCUCUUCUGGUGCUUCUAGCCUGCAGCAUGAAACUGACUGAAUCAACCAUGAUGAAAAUUGUUAAAACUAAGAAAAAUAAUACAGAUAUUUGGACUAUCGGGGGAAUCUUCCAUUACCCGCCGUCCAUAGACCUAUCGAGAUAUAAACCUACUAGUCAAAGGUAGUCGAAUUCGGCUGAUCAUCUGAGAAUAAAACGGUGGUUUUGGUUAACAGUACACUUUUAAAAAGUGGGCUGCUGCCCCCGACAAUGGGAUAAAAAUCGAUCACGAACAAGUCUUAGACAUUCACAGCAUAAGUAGAAGCUCUAGUGAAGACGGCGACGCCGAGAAACUACGUAAGACUCACGCCAGACAACGCAAGAAAACGCCUCAAAAAGGCAGAUGAUGACACCUGGUUGAAAACGUAGACAAGGGUUGUGUAUAAAUAAAUUUCGGUUGCAGUCAAGGGGUAGGGUGCUUGAACCCUUAUGUAUUGCAUAAGAGAACUAAAUUAUAAUAGUUGGAUUAAACAAACAGACAUCUUCCGUAGAUGGAAUCAGAACGCAAAUUCAAAAGUAUAGGAGAAUCAGGGCAACUUGGAAGACCUUCCGCAUAUGUAAGCAGCAAAAUGGUAGCGCAACGGUAGGCUAUUUUUGCUUACUACAGAACCAGGUGGUAAAAACAUGCAAGCAACCAAUUGUCAACUAAUAGUACGAAUCAGAUAGCAGCAGAUUGAUGAUGAUGAUGAUGAUGAUGAUGAUGAUGAUGAUGAUGAUGAUGAUGAUGAUGAUGAUGAUGAUGAUGAUGAUGAUGAUGAUGAUGAUGAUGAUGAUGAUGAUGAUGAUGAUGAUGAUGAUGAUGAUGAUGAUGAUGAUGAUGGCAUCAAAGGGGCGAAACGCGAAGAGCUGUGA